UUCUGCUUCCUCACUUAAUAAUCUACGUGCUCUCUUCUUCUGAUCUUACUUUUUUGCACCUUCUGGACGUGUAAAUAUGCAGGCGCAUCCUCAGUACGCUCGUUUUAACACCUACCACGGACCAAAGCGGCAGCUCCUGGGAAAUCAGGCUGGACAUACAGCUCCUGCAUGGCGCGUAAACACUCCCGCUGCGGGAAAGAAACCUAUAGAUCAAGGCUCUAAGAUUUUGCUGAGUAGACUACCUCUGGAUGUAGGCGACGAUGAGGUCGAACAACUAUUCUCGAAAACGGUGGGCCCGGUGAAAGAGGUCUUUAUCGUGUACAACUCUCAGGCAAAGUCGAAGGGUAUGGCCGUUGUAUCGUUUCAACGUCCUGGAGAUGCUGCCAUUGCUCGUGCGAAGUACAAUGGGAAGAUUGUUGACGGACGACGACCAAUCAAGAUUGAGAUCGUGAAAGACCAGGAUGAUACCCCCAAAACACCGGAGAAACCUUCUAUGCCAUCGUUACUUCAACGGCUAGGGGGCGCAGCUUUACCCAAUGGAACUCCACAUGCACCAACAGCACUGCGAAAACAACAAGCCGCGGCUCAAAAGGUGGUAGCAGCAGCAUCGCAUGCGCCUCUCGCUCCCCGUCUAAUGCCGGUGAAUCCCAAGAAAUCUCUACGCCAGAAGAAAGGCCCUCGACGACUACGAAAAGCGGCUGCGCCACGAUCACGAGUGGACAAAGAUGCACUGGACAGAGAGAUGGAAGACUAUCGGGCGCAUGUGGUCAUGAAUAGCUCAUAGGACGAAGAUGUGCAUGACCUGAGUCAUUUGCUGUCUUGAUCGCUUUGACACUUGUAGCUGUUAUAUUGUACAUUCCUGUUGUGAAUCAGUCGUUGCUCUACAUUCGCCUUGGAUUUCCCUUGUCAAUUGGCUUUCAUUUUCUACCGACAUCAAUCAACUUCAAAGUGGUUCCUAUAAUUUUGUGCAGACAUAGUCACCCUAGGGUCGACUUGCAAUAAAGAAAUCGCUGUCAUAUAUACCACUG